GGAGCCAUGGGCAAGUGCAGCGGGCGCUGCACGCUCGUCGCCUUCUGCUGCCUGCAGCUGGUCGCUGCGCUGGAGCGGCAGAUCUUUGACUUCCUGGGCUAUCAAUGGGCUCCUAUCUUAGCCAACUUCCUGCACAUCAUGGCAGUCAUCCUGGGCAUCUUUGGCACCGUGCAGUACCGUUCCCGGUACCUCAUUCUGUAUGCAGCCUGGCUGGUGCUCUGGGUUGGCUGGAAUGCAUUUAUCAUCUGCUUCUACCUGGAGGUUGGACAGCUGUCCCAGGACCGGGACUUCAUCAUGACCUUCAACACGUCCCUGCACCGCUCCUGGUGGAUGGAAAAUGGGCCAGGCUGCCUGGUGACACCUGUCCUGAACUCCCGCCUGGCCCUGGAAGACCACCAUGUCAUCUCUGUCACCGGCUGCCUGCUUGACUAUCCCUACAUCGAAGCACUCAGCAGUGCCCUGCAGAUCUUCCUGGCUCUGUUUGGCUUCGUGUUCGCCUGCUACGUGAGCAAAGUGUUCCUGGAGGAGGAGGACAGCUUUGACUUCAUCGGUGGCUUUGACUCCUACGGAUACCAGGCGCCCCAGAAGACGUCACAUUUACAACUGCAGCCUCUGUACACGUGGGUCAUGGUGCCCAGCGGGGUCGGGGUAGCUUCUGUCCCGCGCCCAUCCAGUUGCCAUGAGCUUGACGGCUGGACUGAAGCCCUGGCGCGAGCUCGGGCCGAAAUAGCAGGCGCGCCCCCUGGCGGCUCGCGAACCGACUGCAGCCUGCGCCGGCUGGGUCUGCGGCGGACUUGGACUUGGCCCUUCCAGCCUGGCUCCAGGGCUGGGAGCGCGCGGGGCCGGGCGGUGCUGCGUCUCUCGUCCCUAGCCAGCCGGCGAGGCGCCCCUGUCCGGCCCCCCGGCCCUGCUCCGUGCCGCGCGUGGCCGGGCCCCGCGAGCACCGCGGGCGCUCCUGUGCGGGUGCAGGACCCCGCCUUCUGUUCGCGACGGCGCGCGCUCGCCUAG